AUGACUACGUUUUCGAAGACUAUUAAAUUCCCUAUUAUUAACGAGGCCUAUGAGCAGCCUACCGGUUUGUUCAUCAACAACGAGUACGUUGCUGCCAAGUCGGGUAAGACUUUUAAGGUGACUACUCCUAUCAAUGAAGAGUUGCUUUGUGAGUUGCAAGAAGCUGGCUCUGAGGACGUUGACUAUGCCGUUGAGUGUGCCUCCAAGGCUUUCAAGAAGUGGAAGUUUACCAAGCCAGAGGUUAGAGCUCGUUUGCUUUACAAAGUUGCAGAUUUGAUGGAUGAGAAGAGAGAUCUAUUGGCCAAGAUUGAGUCUCUUGACAACGGUAAAUCUUUGGUCUGUGCCAAGUUUGACGUCAAUUUAGUCGUCGAAUACCUUAGAUCCUGUGCUGGUUAUUGUGACAAGAUUGAUGGUCGUACCAUUAAUACCGGCCCUGAGUAUUUGACCUACACUAAGAGAGAACCUCUCGGUGUGUGUGGUGCCAUUACUCCAUGGAACUUUCCAUUACUUAUGUUUGCAUGGAAAAUUGGUCCAUGUUUGGCUACCGGUAACACCAUUGUUCUGAAACCUGCAAGUGCUACUCCUUUGAGUAAUCUAUAUGCCGCCUCUCUAUUCAAAGAAGCUGGAUUCCCAGAUGGUGUUGUCAACAUUAUUCCCGGUUCUGGUAGAGCCUGUGGUAGUGCCAUCUUACAUCACCCUAAGGUCAAGAAGGUUGCCUUUACUGGUUCCACUUCAGUUGGUAAAGGUGUUAUGAAGGAUGCUGCCGAUUCAAUCAAGAAGGUUACUCUUGAGUUAGGUGGCAAGUCUCCUAACAUUGUUUUCCAGGAUUGUGAUAUUGAGAAGACUGUCCAGAACUUGAUCACUGGUAUUUUCUUCAAUGGUGGUGAAGUGUGUUGUGCUGGCUCUAGAAUCUAUAUUCAGGCUUCUGACGAAGAGUGGUACAACGAGUUCCUUGCUAAGUUCAAAAAGGCAGUUGAGAAAAUAAAGGUUGGUAAUCCAUUUGAGGAAGGUGUCUUCCAGGGUGCUCAGACCACUCCGGAUCAAUUCCAGACUGUUUUGGACUACGUGAAGAUUGGAAAGGAAAGCCAUUUGAAGGUUUUGACUGGUGGUAAUAGAAUUGGCAAGAGAGGUUACUUUGUCGAGCCAACAGUGUUUUACGAUGUUCCACAAAGCUCCCGUUUGACUAAAGAAGAGAUCUUUGGUCCUGUUGCCGUUGUCUUACCUUUCAAGUCCAUAGAGGAGCUUAUUGAGAAGGCCAACGAUUCCGAGUACGGUUUGGCUUCUGGAAUUCACACUGAGGAUAUCAAUAAGGCUUUAUACGUUGCUGACAGAUUGGAGGCUGGAUCUGUUUGGAUUAAUACUUAUAACGAUCUUCAGCAGAACUCUCCAUUUGGAGGUUUCAAGGAGUCCGGAAUUGGAAGAGAGAUGGGUGCUGAGGCUUUGGACAAUUACACUCAGAUCAAAUUGGUUAGAGCUAAGAUUUCCACGCCUACUUUGUAA